AUGUCGGCGGCGCCUACACUGCCAGCCGAGCCUAAUACGCAGACAAUUAAACCGCUCCAAAAUAAUGCCCCCCUCGCCACCUCAUACCCAUUGCGAGCAAAGGGCUUUUCCUUUUCCGGUACUCAAUUUGGGGAGGAGGAGAAGAAAAAAAUGAAUCUACAGAAGGAGAGGAAGUUGUCUAAGGACAAGGUGGUGACUUACGAGGAGUGCCGGAAAAACCACGCCGCCGGCCUCGGGAAAUACGCCGUCGACGGCUGCUGCGAGUUCAUGCCGGCGGGGGAGGAGGGGAGCGGGGCGGCGCUGAGGUGCGCGGCCUGCAACUGCCACCGGAGUUUUCACAGGAAGGUGGUGCGCUGA